AUGUGCUUUUACAGCUAUAGCCCCUUGCAUAGCGCUUUCUACGGACUGCUCUGGGGAACCUAUCAUAAAAUAUGCUGUGGCCACUCGGUCAUUUGUGCAGAGCGAUACUACCAGGCUGUGCAGGCAGAAUGCAUUCCGCAGGCCGAUCCGGAGAAAGGCAUUUCACUCCGAUUCCCUCGUUUCUUGCGUGUUCGUGAGGAUAAAAAGCCGGAAGACGCCACAUCCGCUGAGCAGGUUUACGAAAUGUACAAAAGUCAGGAGCAGAUCAAAAAUCGCGAAGCAGGCAGCACAGCCCCUACUUGCGAAGACGACGAGUUGUACUGA